AUGCUGUGGCCAAAUUUUUAUCUCUUUAUCCCGGUUCUUUUCGUGGAAUGCGUAUCUGCUAAUGAACAGUGCAAGGUGGAGAUCAACAUCCAAGGCAUGAGACUUGAAAAGUUCGUCUUCAAAAGGAUGUCAGCAUCAGCUCCCUAUAUCUGUGAUAUCCGAUGUGGAGAAGAAAUCAUCUGCCAAAGCUACAACUACAAUAGAAAGAAGGAGAUCUGCGAACUAAACAACCGCAGUAAAGAGGCGAGGCCUGAAAACUUUCGCUCGGUCCCUGAUUGGUUUUAUAUCAGGCGUUUGAAUGGAAGAGUACCGUUGGGUUCCAUUGUCGAAUUACCAGCACUAUCUUGCCAAGAAAUAAAAGCAAGUGAGGGAAAAGAUGCUAUUAGCAAUAAGUACUGGCUGAAUCCAACUGGUAAUGGAAAGACACGACUGAUGUAUUGUGAUAUGAACUUAGGAACUGGAGAUAUUGACGAAUGUGUAAGUGACAGCUUCAUUUGUGGUGUGAAUGCGACCUGUGUAAACACCAAUGGCUCUUAUGGUUGUACCUGCAUGGAGGAAGGAUCAGUUGGAGAUGGAGGUGUUUGUUCAGGUAAAGAAUGCCGAUCCAUUCUUUUCAAAGAACCCAUACGGGACAAGGUCAUGAAAGGCCACCUGAUCAGGCUUGUAGAUGUGCCCCAUCAAGGCAGCUGUAAAGUGCUGUGUUAUUUGGAGCCCAAUUGUGUGUCCAUAAAUUUUGGGCCUUCACAAGGAGGAAACUACAUUUGUGAGUUGAACAAUGCUUCGGACGAAAGUCAAGGCUCGUCAGACUUUCAGAGUAAACAAGAUUAUACCCAUCUCAGUAUCGAGAAUCCCUGCAGCAGCAGUCCCUGUUUCAACAAUGGCACAUGUCAAGCUGGAUACACUGAAAAAGGAUUUCGCUGUAAAUGUCCUUUAGGAUUCACUGGUGUAAACUGCAAGAAAGCCUGCAGCUUUGACUUUGAAGAUGGAAUCGGCGCGUGGGAGAUGACAGGCAGAGCCUUCAUUUACCAGCCAACAUUUGGUGAUAAUCCAAAAGCUCGCAAAAGAGAAACCGCCAAGCAGCAAGGGGACUGGUGGAUAGGGGGGUCUGAGAGACGACCCACAAAGAGCGAUCCCGCAGGAAAUCUGAAUCCAGAUGGAGCCGACAAACCCAAUGGAACUCUCACUUCACCUUGUUUUCGUAUCGUCGGCAAGAGUAUCUCGUUUCUUAUCGGUGGGGGAUGUACCAUGGCUGAGGUUCGCGCGGAGCUUAUUGUCAACAACAAGGUCGUCAGAAAGGAGACAGGAAACUGUAGGGAGACAAUGUACCGUAAGAGCUGGGACGUAGAGGAGUUUAUUGGUCAAUACGCCCAAGUCAGACUUGUAGAUGAGAGUUCUGGUGUUUGGGGUCACAUCAACUUUGAUGACCUUAAAGGAGAUAUCAUUUGUCCUCUUUAUUAAAAGGAGAGAAACUGAAGAGAAAGCGGAUUUAAAAACUAACUUAUCAAGUCAAGUCACCUUGAAAGUACGGUGAAACAGCUUUUGACGUAGCAUAGUAUUUUCUUUGUGCUAUCGCAGAUGGGCACAAUCACUGUGUUUUUUUUGUUUUUUUUUUCGAAAUCCGAAUAUGAAACAGCUUUAUGCACGUGACUGAGAAGGCCUUAAUCAUAUAAUACAAUCGUUAGGUCGGUUUAAUGCGAUGAUAAGGACAGUCGAUUGCUUUAGAUGGUAGCAAUCGCAUCAUAUUUACUUUUCUUAAUAUUUGCUUUACAAAAUCCAUAUCUGUAAAAACUCUUAGUAGAUUCUGAUCGGGAUUAUAUAUUAAAGUCAUUUUUGAGUAACUGCUUCCAAAACAGGCUCUAGAAUAGUGGAAUAUUGAUGUUUUAUUUGACUCUUGCAAUGCUUAAUCUUUAUUUAUCAUACAGAAGGACUUUAAAACUUAUUUAAUACAUAUUAUUUAGCUUAACAAACGUACUCGCGCACAGAGAUAUAUCCAAUAAUUCUCUUUUGAUAUAAAUAUCAUUUUACGUUGCGGACAAAAUAGUUUAGUUUUAACCCUCAAAUACCACAUUAAACUACCGCCAAACCCAAGGUCGUCUACAGAAAAUAAAAUGUUUCCAAGGCUUCUUCAACUAGGCAAACACAAAAAUUUGACUGAUUAUAAAUUCCACAAAUUCACUUUUGGUUUUAAAGCAAAUCGAGUGAUGAGGCCUGAGCUCUUCUCUAUAAAAUCUUACAGUAACUAGUGAAUUGUAUUGAUGUAAGAGGUUAGCUGUGGCAGGCUGAAGAUUUUUUGCGUAACUGUUGACGUUUGUGUAGAAGUAAGAAGUUUGCAAAAGUUUUUGAUAGUUCUUCUUUGCUCGAAAAGUCACUUUGAAUUGAAAGUUUAUAUGUUUGCACGAAUAAAGGCAGUUGUUCACCUCCAAUGAAAAAUAUUUUUCAGCUUUGUUUAUUCUCUUGGUGCUUGAUAGAGGGGAGAUUAAAUAACUUUACUUUGUUUGGAAAAUUUUAAUGUAGCCUCGUUAAUGCUUAUAAUAAGUGAAUAAAGCACUCGAUUCGAAAAGCCAUAGU